UCCGCGGUUAGAACAGAAGAAGCGUCGCUGAGCCACCGAGUGGAAGUCGAACACGCCGUGCUAAAGCUAAUACAAACGAUUAACGAUGGCAGAUGAUGAGGGAUUUGUGGUGAGAGUGAGAGGUUUGCCCUGGUCCUGCUCUGUAGAUGAAGUAUCCCGAUUCUUCUCAGAUUGCAAAGUGGCUAACAAUGGUACGAGUAUUCACUUCACAUACACCAGAGAGGGCAGACCGAGUGGAGAGGCUUUUGUGGAGCUGGAAUCUGAGGAGGAUGUGAAACUUGCAGUAAAGAAAGAUCGAGAAUCCAUGGGACACAGAUAUGUCGAAGUGUUUAGAUCCAACAAUGUUGAAAUGGAUUGGGUUCUUAAACACACUGGUCCAAACAGCCAAGAGGCAGAUGGAGAAGGACUGGUGCGACUGCGUGGUCUGCCUUUUGGCUGUAGCAAAGAGGAGAUUGUACAGUUCUUUUCAGGGUUGGAAAUCGUGCCAAAUGGGAUAACAUUGCCGGUGGACUACAUGUGGAGGAGUACGGGGGAGGCCUUCGUGCAGUUUGCUUCACAGGAAAUAGCUGAAAAGGCUCUAAAGAAACACAAGGAAAGAAUAGGGCACAGGUACAUUGAGAUCUUCAAGAGCAGCCGUGCCGAGGUACGCACUCAUUACGAGCCCCCGCGUAAAGGCAUGGGCAUGAGACCCGGCCCAUACGACAGACCAAGUGGAGGCGGUCGAGGCUAUAACGGCAUGAGCAGAGGGGGAUCCUUCGACAGGACACGCCGCGGUGGAUACGGUGGAGAUGGACCAUAUCGCGAUGGUGGAUCCAACUUCUCAAGCACCACUGGCCACUGUGUGCACAUGCGAGGACUUCCCUACCGUGCCACAGAAAACGACAUCUACAACUUUUUCUCCCCUCUGAACCCGGUGCGUGUGCACGUUGAAGUGGGUCCAGACGGACGGGUAACUGGGGAGGCUGAUGUUGAGUUUGCCACACACGAGGAUGCUGUGGCUGCCAUGUCCAAGGAUAAAGCAAAUAUGCAACAUCGUUAUGUUGAGCUAUUUUUAAACUCAACUGAAAGGGGUGGUAAUGGCUAUGGAGGCCACAUGGGAGGCAUGGGUAACCAGUCCUAUGGGCACGGUGGCUAUGGUGGAGGCUAUAAUAGCCAGUCAGGCAUGGGUGGAUACAAUGACUAUGGUAACCAAAGCAGCAGUUACUACGGAGGCAGUCGUGGUAUGAAUGGUGGCAUGGGCAUGGGUGGUGGCUGGGGCAUGUAACGGCCACUAAGUGGCUUUGUCGUGGCUGAGCUUGAAAGACACUUGGUUGGGGGAGACGACAAUUUUUGGAUUUUUUUUUUUUAAAGGAAUCGUACUCCUUUACCCCUCCUGUCUUUGUUCUGUAAGUAUUCACACUGCAGUAAGUGUAGUUGUUUUUGUAUUGGGGGGCUACAGUGAAGCAACAUCAGCAUCUGUUGUAAAAGUUCAUGCUUUGAUUCCUUUGUUGAUCCUUGUUUAUUCUUGUAUAUAUGAUUAUUAAUGCCCAGCAAAGAGUGUAUAAUUCUUCCAGUUCAUCAGCUUUUGACUGGACUUUUUAUAAUGAAGGUUGUAAUGAUUUUUUAAAAUAAACUGGAAGUCUCUGCUUUUGGCCAAUACAGUAAGUGUAGGUCUAUUCAUUGUUAAAUUGUGGGCAUGUUUUCCUUUCCCAUGUUCUACGGCUGAUUUCUAAAAUAAAACUUUUUAUGGAUA